AUGGCGCUCAACGGUGGCAAAAGCACCGCGAUUGACCAUUCGAACCCGGUUGGGGUAGCUGAUAAAACAUCAAGCGAGCAUUCAGCUCCUGGCGUUGUUGCCGCGAGUGACAUGAAACCGUCACCCGGUAGACCGGCUCCCGAACCUGCUCUGGAAGAGACUCAUCAGAGAUGGUUUGCGUACUUGCGGACUCGUAACUUCUGGAUUGUGCUUGGGCUUGGUCAAGUCCUUGCGCUUUGCAUCACGGGCACAAACACGUUCAGCAGUCUGCUAGCUGAGCAGCCAUUCUCAAUCCCUGCCUUCCAGACCUUCUGGAACUAUGUGCUAUUGAACGUGAUCUACUCGUCCUACACCGUCUACAAAUAUGGCUUUGGAGAUUACUUCCGCAUCGUUCUGAUGCAAAAUGGGUGGAAAUACUUAAUCUUGUCCUUCCUUGAUGUCGAGGGCAACUAUUUCACCGUCCUAGCCUACCGCUACACUACGAUUCUCAGUGCCCAACUCAUCAACUUCUGGGCUAUCGUCAUUGUGGUCAUUGUCUCCUUCGUAUUACUGCGGGUGCGGUAUCAUUGGACGCAGAUAGUCGGCAUCCUGAUCUGUAUUGGCGGGGUGGGCAUCCUUUUCGGCUCAGACCAUGUUACACAAGGAAGCACCACUGGAGGUAUCAGCAGAGGCAACCAACUCAAAGGCGAUCUCUUCGCUCUAGCCGGCGCCACGUUCUAUGGAUUGAGUAACGUGACAGAAGAAUUCCUGGUAAGCAAGCGUCCUCUGUAUGAAGUUGUUGGACAGCUUGGAUUCUGGGGCAUGCUCAUUAGUGGCACACAAACGGGAAUAUUCGAUCGUGACGGCUUCCAUACUGCCAAUUGGCACGAUGGAAAAGUUGGAGGCUAUCUUGUUGGGUACACUCUUUGCCUCACAAUCUUCUACUCUGGUGCGCCAUUAAUGUUCCGACUCGCAUCCGCUGCAUUUUUCAACAUCUCCCUCCUCACAGGCAACUUCUGGGGCGUGUGCAUCGGGGUGAAAGUCUUUCACCUGGACAUUCACUGGAUGUACCCAAUUGCUUUCGUGUGCAUCAUUGGUGGCCUGAUCGUGUACUUCGUCGGCAAGAAGGCAUUGGGUGAGGCACGCAAACCAUGGUUGGGGGCGAACCAGGAAGAGGGCGUUAGUGGGAUUGGCACUGCCAGGCGCAGAUUUGAACGCCCAGACGCAAUUGUUUGA